AUGGCACUAGUAGCUCAUUAUGAUUUGGAGUUACACCAAAUGGAUGUGAAAACUGCCUUUCUGAAUGGGAAUUUAGAUGAAGAGGUCUACAUGAAUCAACCUGAAGGAUUUUUGGUUGAAGGAAAGGAACACAUGGGCUGUCUCAGAAAACAUAUAUCUCACAGAGGUGAAACAGCCCUCAUCGACUCCGCAUCAGGACUCUCCAUCUCGUACCCUGAACUUCGUUCCAUGGUUGAUAGCAUCGCCUCCGGACUCCAUGACAUUGGAGUCUUCCCUGGACAGGCCGUCCUCAUCCUCCUCCCCAACUCCAUUCUUCUUCCUGUCAUCCUCCUCGGCGUUCUCUCCCUUGGCGCCGUCAUCACAACCAUGAACCCCCUCUGCAGCGCCAAAGAGAUCCAGAAACAAAUGAGCAGCAUCCUCCAUUUAGCCCUAGUAUUCUCUUUAUCGGAGAAAGUUGCCGCUCUGGACCAAUUUGGUGUUCCGAUAGUCGCCGUUCCCAACGACUUGAGCUAUGAUUCGUCUCAUUACUCUGUUUUCCACAAGAUUGUUUCCAGCAGCCCUCGGCUUACUUGGAGGCCAGCUAUCCGGCAGAGCGACACCGCGGCGAUACUCUUUUCCUCCGGAACCUCUGGAUCCAGUAAAGGUGUCGUUCUAACUCACAGUAACUUGAUCGCCAUGGUUGAGCUAUUUGUUCGGUUCGAGGCUUCGCAGUAUAAGAAGGAGAGUUGGAAGGAUGUAUACCUUGCUGCCAUACCAAUGUUUCAUGUGUACGGUCUUUCUCUAUUUUCCAUUGGGUUGCUGUCUCUGGGCUCGACGGUUGUGGUGAUGAAGAGGUUCGAUGCGAAGGAGGCGGCUGAAACUAUAACAAGGUACCGAGUAACCCAUUUUCCGGUUGUUCCGCCAAUAAUGUCUGCUCUUAUAAGGGCCCAAGAUGCCCAUGGCUGUGAUCUGAGAUCCUUGAAGCAGGCCUCUUCUGGUGCAGCUCCUCUGAGCAAGCAACUGAUACAAGAAUUCUUGUGGAGAUUUCCCCAUGUCGAUUUCAUUCAGGUAAUCACAUGA